CUUCUCCGGACAGCCUUGAUUUCUUGAAUACAAUGCUGGCAUGGAAACAGGAUUUUAGACCAUUUCUCUCUUCUCUCAGGCUUCCACGUGUACAAUAAGAUCACUGUUUGGGUACCCGAGUCCUGCCUGCUGAUCAGCGUCGGCCUCAUCGUUGGCGCCAUCAUGCACUCAGUUAACGAGGAACCCCCCGCCGUGCUGUCCAGCAAUGUCUUUUUCCUCUACAUGUUGCCGCCCAUCGUCCUCGACUCGGGCUACUUUAUGCCCACCAGGCCUUUCUUCGAAAACAUCGGCACGGUGCUGUGGUUUGCAGUGGUCGGCACCCUGUGGAACAGCAUCGGUAUUGGCAUGUCGCUUUUCGCCAUAUGCCAGAUCGAGGCGUUCGGCGUGCAGGACAUCAACCUACAGGAGAACCUGCUGUUUGCUGCCAUCAUUUCAGCCGUGGAUCCCGUGGCCGUGCUGAGCGUCUUCGAAGACGUGUCGGUCAACGAGCAGCUCUACAUUGUGGUGUUCGGAGAGUGUCUCUUUAACGAUGCCGUCACCGUGGUGAGUUGUUGAUGGUGUUUUCUCCCGUCGGUUAGUGAAAGAAUGCUUGUUUUGGUGACAUCAGAGAAUGUGGGUUAUGUACAAAAGUUUGCAUCAUUGUUUUUACCCAUCACAAAAGGAACCCUGAGGGGAAGAAUCGUUGGCAACAGUAAAUUGAACUUUUAUUCUUCGGUAAAAUCUUUCCUGAGUAUGUCGUAGGAGUACCGUCUUUGUUAAUUUGUCUGUCCGAAUGUUAGCUAGCAGGCUACUUCCUGGUUCAUGGCUGACUGGAGUGUACCAUUUGUGAUUUCUAAGGUCAAGUGGAAGACUUCCAAUGUGACCCAACAACAAAAGUACAUUUCU